AUCCCAUCAUCAUCCGUUUUAAUUUUUGUUCUCUAUGUUUUUAAACUUGAGAUUCAUGGCAAGAAUAGGUUUCCGGCUAGCGCUGGUCGGCGUAGUCGUUGGUACCAUAUUCUAUCAAAUUAUUUACAAAUCGUUGAUUCUUGGCACCUUGGGAUACAAUCGGACUCUAGAACCUUUCCUCAACUUCGAUGUCGAGUGUGAGAAGGUUGACGAUGUAGGUUUGGCUGGUUGUGCGGAUAUGUGGUUGCACCAGGAAAGUGGAAUGCUUUAUAUGGCAUGUUCGGAUACAAGGGGUCGAGCUGAGUGGUUUCUGAGUUUGAAUCAUCUGAAUUCCUCGGGCCGCAGUUUGUCUGAUCGAAUUGCCGUCUUGGAUACACGUGGAGCUGGCCCGGUCAAGAAUCGAUUGACAUGGCUCCAAACACAAAACUUUCAAGGGAUAAAUAACGAUGGAAGACUUAAUCUUCAUGGAUUUGACAUCCGAGUGGAUUCAAAAAGCAAUAAGCAGUUGCACAUCGUUCUCGUCAAUGAUCGUCCUUUCGAAGAAGCUGGAAAAGCAGAUUCUGUCAACCAAUUCCAGACAAAUUCGAAUAGUACGAUUGAGUACUUUACAACCACACUGGGAAGCAAAACCAUGACCCAUAAGCAAACCUUCACGAAUAUCGAUAUUGAAACAUCUAGGCACGUGGCUUGGGUCGAUGAGCAUUUAUUCAUGUUUACGAAUGCUUUUAGCUCAAAGGGUAGUUCGCGAGGAUAUUCAAACCUCGUUCUUGGAGGUGGAAGCAUUGGUUAUUGUAUGCCUCCCUCCACAGAAUGUGGUAUUACAAAGUCUCCAAAAAACCUCAAAGUACCGAAUGGGAUAGCACUCGGCCAUGACAAUUUACUCUAUGUUCCUUCUUCUAUUUCUGGUCAGAUCCAAGUGUUUUCCUUGGAAGCAGAACAGCGACUCCGAAAUGUUGAUACUAUCAAUCUCCCAUACCCGAUAAAUGACAUAAGUGUCGAUAAGAAUGGAGAUAUCUACGCCGCCACUGUACCUGCCUUGCAUAAAGCAAUCAAAGACUCACAAAAUAUAGAGGCCAACAUUCCAAGCGCAGUAUUUAGGAUCAUUAAAUUAGGCGAGAUGGGCGAGGGAGAAGGAUGGGGUUGGAAUGUGGUUAAGAUGAUGGAAGAUGACGGGAAUACUUUACCAGCUACCACGGUUGCAGUUCACGAUACCCAGACUGGUAAAAUGUUCCUGGGUGGCGUACUAGAUCCUUUCAUUUCGAUAUGUGAAAGAGUAAACGGAGAGAGCUUUAGUGCAUAUAUGGAAAUAUUGAACUUCUAAUAGACUGUU